AUGGAGACAGUGAUGGAGAGGGAGUGCAGCGCGCUGGGGGGGCUUUUCCAGACUGUCAUUGGAGACAUGAAGGGCAGUUACCCUGUCUGGGAUGACUUCAUCAGCAAGGCUAGCAAACUACAGUCACAGCUGAGGACGACAGUUGUUGCUGUUGCGGCCUUCCUGGAUGCCUUUCAGAAGGUGGCCGAUCUGGCAACUAACAGCCGAGGAGGGACCCGGGACAUCGGUUCAGCCCUCACCAGGAUGUGCAUGAGGCAUCGCAGCAUUGAGGCCAAACUGCGCCAGUUCUCCAUGGUGUUUCUGGACUGUCUCAUCAACCCUCUACAGGAGCAGAUGGAGGAGUGGAAGAGAGUAGCCAAUAUUCUGGAUAAAGACCAUGCCAAAGAGUACAAGAAAGCCCGUCAGGAGAUCAAGAAGAGAUCAUCAGAUACUCUGAAGCUGCAGAAGAAAGCUAAAAAAGCUGAUGUUUUUGGCCGUGGAGACCUGCAGCCUCAGCUGGACAGUGCCAUGCAGGAUGUCAGUGAUAAGUACCUGCUGCUGGAGGAGACGGAAAAGCAGGCAGUGAGGAGGGCACUGGUGGAGGAGAGGAGUCGCUUCUGCUGCUUCGUGUCCAUGCUGCGGCCCGUCAUGGAGGAGGAGAUGUCCAUGCUGGGGGAGAUCACUCACCUCCAGACACUGGCAGACGACCUGAAGACACUAACCAUGGACCCACACAAGCUGCCUGCCUCCAGUGAGCAGGUAAUUGUAGACCUGAAGGGCUCCGAGUGCACCUGGUCCUACCAAACUCCUCCCUCUUCACCAAGCACCACUGUAUCCAGGAAGUCCAGCAUGUGCAGCAGCCUGAACAGCGUUAACAGCAGUGACUCUCGCUCCAGUGGCUCACACUGUCACUCCCCGACCUCCCACUUCCGUUAUCGUGCCUCCUCUUCCUCCUCAAUGCUGCCCCAGCAGACACCCGCCCGCCUCUCUUCGAUCUCCUCACAUGACUCUGGAUUCAUCUCCCAGGAUGCCUUCCAGUCCAAAUCCCCUUCACCAAUGCCUCCAGAGACCCUACAGUUGUCAAAUGGUUUUGACCAUCAUGGAUCCCAGGAUACCCACCUCCACCCGUCACACUUGCCCCACUCCUCUCCCACCACCACCUCUCCCAUCUCCUUGCCCUCCUGUUCGUCCGUUUCACCCACAUGGUCGUGGUCUCGCUCAGGCUGUGGCCUGUCAGGAGAGUUCCUGCCUCUUAGCCCCUCAGGGCUCGGAGUGAUCCCGUCAUCCAGAGUCCCAUCCUGGAAGGACUGGGCCAAACCAGGCCCAUAUGAUCAGCCCAUGGUCAAUACCCUGAAAAGGAGCAAGGACAGGAGGGAGACUACAGAUCCCAGCAGUCACCAGGGUGCUGAUGUCACCACACCAGGGGAAGAGCCAAACAGAAGCAAAGGAGGCAACACUUCAACAUCCCCCAAGGUGGACAGGGAGGCCCAUGAAGAGUUGGCCAGAGCUCUGGCCCGAGGCCUCCAGCUGGACAUCCACGGCUCCAGCAGAGACUCUCUGCAGGGCUCCAGCGGCUACAGCAGUCAGACCAACACACCCUGCUGCUCAGAGGAUACCAUUCCCUCACAGGUGUCAGAUUGUGACUACUACUCUGUGGGAGCAGAUCAGGAGGGGGACCAGCAGUCUUCAGACUUUGAUAAAUCCUCCACCAUCCCAAGGAACAGUGACAUCAGUCAGUCCUACCGCCGCAUGUUUCAGUCGAAACGUCCUGCUUCCACUGCUGGCCUGCCUUCCAACCCCUCUGCUGUAAUCACUCCAGGGGUUGCUACUAUCAGACGGACACCAUCCUCCAAACCCAACUUACGGCGACCAUCUGGGGGCCUCAACUUGGGCCCCAUCCCCAUUAAGCCACCCAUGAUCCCAGUUAAGACUCCUACUGUGCCUGAACAUCCUGGUUUCCCUAGCAAAGCAGUGCCAGAAGAUGGCAACACACCACGGACCCCACUAAGCCCAGCCACCAUGCCUCUGUCACCAGGCAGCAAUGGGGCAAUGUCACCAAAGUCUGUCCCGUGGGACACCCAGCACAUGGGCAAGGGAUCAGAUCCUCCUACCCCACCUCCGCAGCCCAGCGGUCGGGCAUCAGAGUGGGAGCGUCGACCUCUCCCGGAGCUCCUGGAAGAGACGGAAUAUGCUGAGGUGGAGGACUUUCUGGUGGCUAUCCAACGAGGCGUCAAGCUCAAGAAGACAACAACUAAUGACCGAUCAGCACCAAUGAUUCUUUGAGAUUAGAAAGGUUGGUUUAACUUGACCCAUUUUGUGUCCCUGGCUGAAAAUACUGUUGGAAGGGACACAAAAUGGUUACUGCAAAAAAAAAAAAAAAAAAAAAAAAA